AUGCCCAUUGUGGCCAUAAUGGCCAUGAUGCCUGCCAAACAGGGCCCAAGGAAGAAAAGGUGCGCGCAAACGUCUCCCCCCGAAACGUCGUCCGCUCGAGCACACCUUCUCUGGGAACCCGCGCCUCCCGCAAACGUCUCCCCCCAAAACGUUGCUCGCUCACGCGCAACUUCUCCGGACCCGCGCAAGCCCUGCAAACGUCUCCCCCCGAAACGUCGCCCGCUCGCGCGCACCUUCUCCGGGGACCCGCCCCCUCCGCAAACGUCUCCCCCCGAAACGUCGCCCGCUCGCGCGCACCUUCUCCGGGGACCCGCCCCCCCCGCAAACGUCUCCCCCCGAAACGUCGCCCGCUCGCGCGCACCUUCUCCGGGGACCCGCGCCCCCUGCAAACGUCUCCCCCCGAAACGUCGCCCGCUCGCGCGCACCUUCUCCGGGGACCCGCGCCCCCCGCUAACGUCUCCCCCCGAAACGUCGCCCGCUCGCGCUCACCUUCUCCGGACCCCCGCGCCCCCCGCAAACGUCUCCCCCGAAACAUCGCCCGCUCGCGCGCACCUUCUCCGGGGACCCGCGCCUCCUGCAUACGUCUCCCUCCGAAACGACGCCCGCUCGCACGCACUUUCUCCGGACCCGCGCGAGCCCCGCAAACGUCUCCCACCGAAACGUCGCCUGCUCGCGCGCACCUCCUCCAGGGACCCGCCCCCUCCCGCAAACGUCUCCACCCGAAACGUCGCCCGCUCGCACGCACUUUCUUCGGGGACCCGCGCCCCCCGCAAACGUCUCCCCCCGAAACGUCGUCCGCUCGUGCGCACCUUCUCUGGGAACCCGCGCCCCCCGCAAACGUCUCCCCCCGAAACGUCGCCCGCUCGCACGCACCUUCUCUGGACCUCCGCGCCCCCCGCAAACGUCUCCCCCCGAAACGUCGCCCGCUCGCGCGCACCUUCUCCGGACCCGCGCGAGCCCCGCAAACGUCUCCCCCCGAAACGUCGCCCGCUCGCGCGCACCUUCUCCGGGGACCCGCCCUCCCCGCAAACGUCUCCCCCCGAAACGUCGUCCGCUCGCGCGCACCUUCUCCGAGGACCCGCCCUCCCCGCAAACGUCUCCCCCCGCGAAACGUCGCCGCUCGCGCGCACCCUUUCCGGGGACCCGCGACCCCCGCAAACGUCUCCCCCCGAAACGUCGCCCGCUCGCGCGCACCCUCUCCGGGGACCAGUUCCCCCCGCAAACGUCUCCCCCCGAAACGUCGCCCGCUCGCGCGCACCCUCAUCGGGGACCCACCCCCCCGCAAACGUCUCCCCCCGAAACGUCGCCCGCUCGCGCGCACCUUCUCCGGGGACCCGCGCCCCCCGCAAACGUCUCCCCCGAAACGUCGCCCGCUCGCGCGCACAUUCUCCGGGGACCCGCGCCCCCCGCAAACGUCUCCCCCCGAAACGUCGCCCGCUCGCGCGCACCUUCUCCGGGGACCCGCGACUCCUGCAUACGUCUCCCUCCGAAACGACGCCCGCUCGCACGCACUUUCUCCGGGGACCCGCCCUCCCCGCAAACGUCUCCCCCCGAAACGUCGUCCGCUCGCGCGCACCUUCUCCGAGGACCCGCCCUCCCCGCAAACGUCGCCGCUCGCGCGCACCCUUUCCGGGGACCCGCGACCCCCGCAAACGUCUCCCCCCCGAAACGUCGCCCGCUCGCGCGCACCCUCUCCGGGGACCCGUUCCCCCCGCAAACAUCUCCCCCCGAAACGUCGCCCGCUCGCGCGCACCCUCAUCGGGGACCCACCCCCCCCGCAAACGUCUCCCCCCGAAACGUCGCCCGCUCGCGCGCACCUUCUCCGGGGACCCGCGCCCCCCGCAAACGUCUCCCCCGAAACGUCGCCCGCUCGCGCGCACCUUCUCCGGGGACCCGCGCCCCCCGCAAACGUCUCCCCCCGAAACGUCGCCCGCUCGCGCGCACCUUCUCCGGGGACCCGCGCCUCCUGCAUACGUCUCCCUCCGAAACGACGCCCGCUGGCACGCACUUUCUCCGGACCCGCGCGAGCCCCGCAAACGUCUCCCACCGAAACGUCGCCUGCUCGCACGCACCUUCUCCUGGGACCCGCCCCCUCCCGCAAACGUCUCCAUCCGAAACGUCGCCCGCUCGCACGCACUUUCUUCGAGGACCCGCGCCCCCCGCAAACGUCUCCCCCCGAAACGUCGUCCGCUCGUGCGCACCUUCUCUGGGAACCCGCGCCCCCCGCAAACGUCUCCCCCCGAAACGUCGCCCGCUCGCACGCACUUUCUCUGGAGUCGCGCCCCCCGCAAACGUCUCCCCCCGAAAUGUCGCCCGCUCGCGCGCACCUUCUCCGGACCCGCGCGAGCCCCGCAAACGUCUCCCCCCGAAACGUCGCCCGCUCGCGCGCACCUUCUCCGGGGACCCGCCCUCCCCGCAAACGUCUCCCCCCGAAACGUCGUCCGCUCGAGCGCACCUUUUCCGGGGACCCGCGCCCCCCCCAAACGUCUUCCCCCGAAACGUCGCCCGCUCUCGCGCAUUUUCUCUGGACCCCCGCGCCCCCCGCAAACGUCUCCCCGCGAAACGUCGCCCGCUCGCGCGCACCUUCUUCGGGGACCCGCGACCCCCGCAAACGUCUCCCCCCAAAACGUCGCCCGCUCGUGCGCACCUUCUCCGGGGACCCGCGCCUCCUGCAUACGUCUCCCUCCGAAACGACGCCCGCCCGCGCGAGCCCCGCAAACGUCUCCCACCGAAACGUCGCCUGCUCGCGCGCACCUCCUCCUGGGACCCGCCCCCCCCCCGCAAACGUCUCCACCCGAAACGUCGCACUCGCACGCACUUUCUUCGGGGACCCGCGCCCCCCGCAAACGUCUCCCCCCGAAACGUCGUCCGCUCGUGCGCACCUUCUCUGGGAACCCGCGCCCCCCGCAAACGUCUCCCCCCGAAACGUCGCCCGCUCGCACGCACCUUCUAUGGACCUCCGCGCCCCCCGCAAACGUCUCCCCCCGAAACGUCGCCCGCUCGCGCGCACCUUUUCCGGACCCGCGCGAGCCCCGCAAACGUCUCCCCCCGAAACGUCGCCCGUUCGCGCGCACCUUCUCCGGGGACCCGCCCUCCCCGCAAACGUCUCCCCCCGAAACGUCGUCCGCUCGCGCGCACCUUCUCCGGGGACCCGCCCUCCCCGCAAACGUCUCCCCCCGCGAAACGUCGCCGCUCGCGCGCACCCUUUCUGGGGACCCGCGACCCCCGCAAACGUCUCCCCCCGAAACGUCGAAUGCUUGCGCGCACCCUCAUCGGGGACCCGCCCCCCCCGCAAACGUCUCCCCCCGAAACGUCGCCCGCUCGCGCGCACCUUCUCCGGGGACCCGCGCCCCCCGCAAACGUCUCCCCCGAAACGUCGCCCGCUCGCGCGCACCUUCUCCGGGGACCCGCGCCCCCCGCAAACGUCUCCCCCCCGAAACGUCGCCCGCUCGCGCGCAUCUUCUCUCGGAACCCGCGCCUCCUGCAUACGUCUCCCUCCGAAACGACGCCCGCUCGCACGCACUUUCUCCGGACCCGCGCGAGCCCCGCAAACGUCUCCCACCGAAACGUCGCCUGCUCGCGCGCACCUUUUCCUGGGACCCGCCCCCUCCCGCAAACGUCUCCACCCGAAACGUCGCCCGCUCGCACGCACUUUCUUCGGGGACCCGCGCCCCCCGCAAACGUCUCCCCCCGAAACGUCGUCCGCUCGUGCGCACCUUCUCUGGGAACCCGCGCCCCCCGCAAACGUCUCCCCCCGAAACGUCGCCCGCUCGCGCGCACCUUCUCCGGACCCGCGCGAGCCCCGCAAACGUCUCCCCCCGAAACGUCGCCCGCUCGCGCGCACCUUCUCCGGGGACCCGCCCUCCCCGCAAACGUCUCCCCCCGAAACGUCGUCCGCUCGCGCGCACCUUCUCCGGGGACCCGCCCUCCCCGCAAACGUCUCCCCCCGCGAAACGUCGCCGCUCGCGCGCACCCUUUCCGGGGACCCGCGACCCCCGCAAACGUCUCCCCCCGAAACGUCGCCCGCUCGCGCGCACCCUCUCCGGGGACCCGUUCCCCUCGCAAACGUCUCCCCCCGAAACGUCGCCCGCUCGCGCGCACCCUCAUCGGGGACCCGCCCCCCCCGCAAACAUCUCAUCCCGAAACGUCGCCCGCUCGCGCGCACCUUCCCUGGACCCCCGCGCCCCCCGCAAACGUCUCCCCGCGAAACGUCGCCCGCUCGCGCGCACCUUCUCCGGGGACCCGCGACCCCCGCAAACGUCUCCCCCCAAAACGUCGCCCGCUCGUGCGCACCUUCUCCGGGGACCCGCGCCUCCUGCAUACGUCUCCCUCCGAAACGACGCCCGCUCGCACGCACUUUCUCCGGACCCGCGCGAGCCCCGCAAACGUCUCCCACCGAAACGUCGCCUGCUCGCGCGCACCUUCUCUUGGGACCCGCCCCCUCCCGCAAACGUCUCCACCCGAAACGUCGCCCGCUCGCACGCACUUUCUUCGGGGACCCGCGCCCCCCGCAAACGUCUCCCCCCGAAACGUCGUCCGCUCGUGCGCACCUUCUCUGGGAACCCGCGCCCCCCGCAAACGUCUCCCCCCGAAACGUCGCCCGCUCGCACGCACCUUCUCUGGACCUCCGCGCCCCUCGCAAACGUCUCUCCCCGAAACGUCGCCCGCUCGCGCGCACCUUCUCCGGGCCCGCGCGAGCCCCGCAAACGUCUCCCCCCGAAACGUCGCCCGCUCGCGCGCACCUUCUCCGGGGACCCGCCCUCCCCGCAAACGUCUCCCCCCGAAACGUCGUCCGCUCGAGCGCACCCUUUCCGGGGACCCGCGCCCCCCGCAAACGUCUCCCCCCGAAACGUCGCCCGCUCGCGCGCACCUUCUCUGGACCCCCGCGCCCCCCGCAAACGUCUCCCCGCGAAACGUCGCCCGCUCGCGCGCACCUUCUCCGGGGACCCGCGACCCCCGCAAACGUCUCCCCCCAAAACGUCGCCCGCUCGUGCGCACCUUCUCCGGGGACCCGCGCCCCCCGCAAACGUCUCCCCCCGCGAAACGUCGCCCGCUCGCGCGCACCUUCUUCGGACCCGCACGAGCCCCGCAAACGUCUCCCUCCAAAACGUCGCCCGCUCGCGCGAACCUUCUAUGGGGACCCGCCCCCUCCGCAAACGUCUCCCCCCGAAAUGUCGCCCGCUCGCGCGCACCUUCUCCGGGGACCCGCGCCCCCCGCAAACGUCUCCCCCCGAAACGUCGCCCGCUCGCGCGCACCUUCUCUAA